AUGGAUUAUCUCUGUGUGAUGCUGUCCUGCUUGUUUCCUCUCAACUACUGGUUUGCUACAGCCAGGGCAGCAAAACCCGAAGAGCACCUCCUGUCCGGAAAGCUAAGUGAGUAUGGUGUGAUUGUGCCCUUCAGUACAGAUUGCCAGGGACGGUUCCUCUCACACACGGUAUCUGGCUCAGUGGCGGAUGGCAGUGCUGAAGCCAGCCAUCCUUCCACCCCACCCUCUGCUCGGCACAGGGUGGCCCGCAGCACCCUGGAUGAGCCACUGCACCAAGGCAGAGCUGGAAAUCGCUUGUUAUACUUUAAUGUCACGGUCUUUGGGAAAGAACUGCAUCUCCGCCUGAAGCCCAACCGUCGACUUGUGCCACCUGGAGCCUCUGCCGAAUGGCAGGAAGAUUUUCAAGAGCUAUUCCGAGAGCCCCUCCAGCAGGAGUGUCUCUUCAUCGGGGAUGUCUCAGGCAUGCCGGGUGCCACUGUGGCUAUCAGCAACUGUGAUGGACUGGCUGGCCUGAUUCGGACGGACAAUAGUGAGUUUUUCAUUGAGCCUUUGGAGAAGGGGCAGCAGGAGAAGGAAGAGAAUGGGAGGGCACACGUGGUCUACCGCAGAUCUGCCGUCAGACAGGAAAGAGCAGAAUCACACAAGGAUCUUCAUAAUGAAGUUCCAAGCUUCAGUGUGGGUGAGCUCCCAAACUCACUGGACCUGAUUGAAGACCGGCUCGGUGAAGUGGACCGAAAGAGACGCCACGCCAAGAAGGAUGACUACAACAUUGAGGUCUUGCUGGCCGUGGACGAUACAGUUGUGCGGUUCCAUGGGAAGGAACACGUCCAGAAUUAUGUCCUCACACUCAUGAACAUAGUGGAUGAAAUUUACCAUGACGAGUCCUUGGGGGUUCACAUUAACAUUGUCUUGGUCAGAAUGAUCAUGGUGGGCUACAGACAGUCAGUCAGCCUGAUAGAGCGGGGGAACCCAUCUCGGAGCUUGGAGCAGGUCUGCCGCUGGGCCCAUUCUCAGCAGCGCUCAGACCCAGACCAUGCUGAAUACCAUGACCAUGCCGUAUUCCUCACCAGGCAAGAUUUUGGUCCAGCAGGUAUGCAAGGUUAUGCUCCCGUCACUGGUAUGUGCCACCCUCUGCGCAGUUGCACUCUCAACCAUGAGGAUGGAUUCUCCUCAGCAUUCGUGGUUGCCCACGAGACCGGCCAUGUGUUAGGUAUGGAACAUGAUGGCCAGGGGAACCGGUGUGCAGAUGAGACCAGCAUGGGGAGCAUUAUGGCACCACUGGUGCAAGCUGCAUUCCACCGUUAUCAUUGGUCCCGAUGCAGCAAGCAGGAGUUGAACCGAUACAUACAUUCCUAUGACUGCCUGCUAGAUGAUCCCUUUGAGCAUGAAUGGCCCAAGUUACCAGAGCUCCCGGGAAUCAAUUACUCUAUGGAUGAACAGUGCCGCUUUGACUUCGGUGUGGGUUACAAAACAUGCACAGCUUUCAGAACCUUUGACCCUUGCAAGCAACUGUGGUGCAGCCAUCCAGAUAACCCUUACUUCUGCAAAACCAAGAAAGGGCCCCCCUUGGAUGGGACCGAAUGUUCAUCAGGCAAGUGGUGUUUCAAGGGUCACUGCAUCUGGAAGACUUCAGAGCAGCCUUACAGCCAGGAUGGCAGCUGGAGUUCCUGGUCCAAAUUUGGCUCCUGCUCCAGGACAUGUGGGGGUGGGGUGCGCUCCCGCAGCAGGAACUGCAACAACCCACCUCCGGCCUAUGGUGGGCGCCAUUGCCCAGGUGCCAUUUAUGAGUACCAGGUCUGCAAUACUGAAGAGUGUCGUGGACCCUACGAAGAUUUCCGUGCCCAGCAGUGUUCUAAGCGUAACUCUUAUUAUACCCACCAGAACUCCAAACACACCUGGCUUCCUUAUGAGCACCAUGAUGAUGCUCAGAAGUGUGAGCUGAUUUGUCAGUCAGAGGAAACAGGAGAUGUGGUGUUCAUGAACCAGGUGGUUCAUGAUGGUACCAGAUGCAGCUACAGAGACCAAUACAGUGCCUGUGUUCGGGGGGAGUGUGUGCAUGUUGGAUGUGACAAGGAAAUUGGCUCUUUGAAGCAGGAUGACAAGUGUGGUGUUUGCGGGGGUGACAAUUCCCACUGCCGGACGGUGAAAGGGACUUUCAUCAAAUCCCCAAAGCAGCCAGUGGGUGUUUUGAAAAUGUUUGAGAUUCCGGUUGGGGCCAGAUAUAUUCAGAUAGAAGAGAUGGAGCCGGCCUCCCAUAGCAUUGCUGUUAAGAAUCAAGCUACUGGAAACUUCAUCCUUAAUGCCAAAGAUAAGGAAGCCAAAAGCAAAACCUUCAUUGAGAUGGGCUUGGAGUGGGAAUACACAAUCGAGAAUGGCAAGGAGACCUUGAAAACCAGCGGCCCCCUACAUGAAGCAAUCAGUGUGCUGGUUAUCCCACAGGAAGAUGAGUCCAAGAGCAGCCUGAUGUAUAAGUACAUUAUCCAUGAAGACUUGCUGCCGGUGAUUGGAAACAAUAAUGUCCUUCUUGAAGAGAUGGAUUCCUAUGAGUGGGCCCUCAAGAGCUGGUCUCAGUGCUCAAAGGCUUGUGGAGGAGGCAUCCAGUACACCAAGUAUGGCUGUCGGAGGAAAAGCGAUAACCGGAUGGUGCAUCGGAACUUCUGUGAUAAUGGCAAGAAACCCAAGCCGAUCCGAAGGCGAUGUAACCCGCAGGAGUGCUCCCAGCCAGCCUGGAUGGCAGAGGAAUGGGGAGCCUGCAGCAAGUCCUGUGGCAAGCUAGGAGUUCAGAUAAGGGUGGUGCAAUGCAUCCAGCACCUUCUGAAUGGCACGAACCGGACGGUACACACCAAAUACUGCACAGGAGAUCGACCGGACACACGCAGGCCCUGCAGCCGCUUGCCCUGUCCAGCCCAAUGGAGGACAGGGGCCUGGUCCCAGUGCUCAGUCAGCUGUGGAGAAGGCAUCCAGCAGCGCCAGGUGGUGUGCAAGGCCAGUGACAAUAGCAUUGGGCAAUGUGAAGAUGAGAAACCAGAGACUGUCCAAGUCUGCAAAAUGGCAGCGUGCCCAGGAAAGCUACCAAGUAUUGCAGCAAACGCAGACACCAGUGAUCAUGUGACUCCGAAAGUACAGUGGGUACCCCAGGAUGGGCCCAAAAAUCCUGUUAACAAGAUAUCUUCAAAAGAGCCUUGCCUUGGGGACAAGUCCAUAUUCUGCCAGAUGGAAGUUCUGGCUCGCUACUGCUCCAUCCCUGGCUACAACAAACUCUGUUGUGAGUCCUGUGGCAAAAAGGUCUCCACCACCAGCGUGCCGCCCAGUGUAGAACAAGGUGCUUCAGAGACUGGUGCUUUCUUUCCCAGCCCAGUCACACCCCUGCCCUUUCAUCCCACUGCCCGGCACCGCCCACACAGGAUACAAAGCACAGCUGCCAAAGAGACAGAUGCAUCCCAAGCUGCUCAUGCCCAGCUGCCCAGCACGGAAGGUUCAGCUGCCCAUGGAACCUCUUGGGCUAAUGCUGCGACCCAAUCUCGGGGCACUCCAGUCGAUGAGACUUCAAAAGUUGACACUUCAAGACUACUACCUCCUAGCCGGCAUGCUGCAGCAGGGCAGAGUUCUGGGGAACUCUGGGGCAGCACUGCCUUUCAAUGGUUUUCUCUUGCCUUGAACAAACCUGCCGGUGUAAACAGCGAAAGCGAUUCCUCUGUCCCUUCCCAGGGCGUAGCACGACGGAGAAGACAUAGUACGGGAUCCGAGCAGCUGGGGAACAGUCUCAGGACCUCCUCCCCUGUUGUGACAUGAAACAUUUCCCCAAUGUCUCUCUUGUUGACGGUUUACAUGGGCAGAGCAGCCAAGUUUCCGAGCCACUUUCGGAAACGGAUGAGACACAGAUUUAAAAACCAAACAGAAGGCUACCGAAAAAACGGCUUCAUUUUUAUGACUUUUCAGCAGUGGCACUUUUUAAUUCUUUAUUGGAAUAACGAAAAAAGAUCAAAUCAAAGGAAGAAACAAAAGGAAGAAGCAGCACUGGCCGCUGGAUUGCAAAUGAACCCCAAACAGUGGCUGAGCGCGCACAGCUUGUGUAGACCACGCCUGGUUACCUCAGAGAGUGGCUUGAAUCAAUUGGGCAUUUCCUUCCAAGGUGCUACAAAGAGGUUUUUCAAGCAAUAAAACAAAACUCAACCAAAAGGACCUUUGACCCUCAGCUCAGUCCUCACUCACCUGCUGCUGUUAUCCAUGUGGCAAGGAUCACAGUGGAUUCUGAAAUCCUGUUGGAAAUGGUGCUGCAAAUAGAUUUUCUACUCUUAACCUCAGCGAAGAGCAGAGCAAGGGGGCCAGAUGGACUUGUACUCUAUAUGUGUGGAUGGGGAGACCCAGUUUCAAAAGCAGGGUCAGGAGAGGAGCUGUCAGUAUCCUGACCUAACUGGGAGAGGGAUGGUACAUGGCAGGGGUGUUUGGCUUCUCUUGGGGGUGUGUGGUCAUUGGACUGCACUGUGCUCACAACCUGUCUCCAGCUGCGUAGGGUGUCCUUUCAAGACUGGCAGUGGGUGUUUGUGUCUGGAGGCUCUACCUAGUGAGGCAAUGGCAAGGUCAGUCACCAGAGAAAGAGGCAGAAGUGGGGGAAGAAGUGUGGCAUUACCUGCAGAGAGAACGAGGGAAUUCAGUACAUAAAUAUGUUGCAAAUUCCUGUGUUUGUGAAAGAAGUAUGUUUCCCUGAAGGUCCCGAGGAGAGCAUCCCCUGCGUAGAACAGUUUGGUUAGCGACGUGUGGAUCCGACAAUGCACGUCUCUUCAUUUGAAAUUUUGGCUGUGGGAGUGUGUGCUUGUCCUCUAAAACUGUUCUGUAAGGUGCUGUUUUGAUUCCUGCUGAGACCCCAUGAGUGGAGAGGGUCCCAGAGCCUGCGU